AUGCGGACCCAGCCACCCGGGUACGCAAGUCCCCCCGCGGCCAUGAUCCUCACCGUCACCAAGCUACACGCAAUAUUCGCCGUCCACUCCCUCCUCUUCCUCCUCCUCCUCCUCACCAGCACUCGACCGAAUAUUACCAGUAUUACCGACGACACAACCCAAACCCCAACCCACCCAACCACCCCAUCGGCCUUCGAGACGGCCCCGGUAGCCACCCUGGCCUACUGCCUCCACCUCUGGUGCGCCACGCUCGGCUUCGCGUGGUGGUGUGCCGCGCAGUGCGCCGGAGACGACCAUUGCAAUUACGGCGACCGUCGUGGCGGUGGUAAUAAUGGCGGUGACGGUGGCGGUGACGGCGAAGAAAAUGAAGAAGAAGUAAUAGGAGGAGGAAAACGGGGAUCAGCCGGGCGGGCGGCGCAGCAGGCGGCCGACUGGGAGCCGGCCAUCUUCCUCUUCCUCUGCGCAGGCAUGCUCGGCGCACUCGGCGGGCACGCCGUGCUGGCCGGGCGGUGCGUCUCCGGAGCGGCAAAAGCGGCUGCUGCUACUGCUGCUACUGCUGCCAGUGCUGAAGGGGGAAGUGGAUGGGUUGGGAGAGGAUUUGGGUUUUGCAGGGCAGCGGGCAGGUUGCUGCGCCUCGGACUCCUCGUUGUCAUCCUCUGGCCUGGCACGGGUUGGUAUCUGCGCCGGCUGGGACGGGCUUUCAAAUGUAUCUUUCCCCAUGUCACCACCACCCUCUGCAUGAUCGAGUAUGGAUGGUAG